ACACAGAGACACCUGUACAUGCACGCACAGACAUGCGUACACGCACGCACAGACACGCGCACACACAGACAUUUACAUACAUGUACAUACACACAGACACAUUUACAGAUAGACUCAUGUACAUACACACAGACACAUACACACCCCUAUAAAAAGUUGCAGUACUUCGUUGUUCACUCACAGAGCUGGGUACUGCACUCUAGGGGGAGGCAGAGAGCACAGCACACACUUCUUCCUUUGCUUUCAUUGCGCUCAGCUAUUGAGCAGUCUGACGGCUCCCAGUGCCAAUGAUAGAUCCAGUCUGAGCUCUGAGCCUGGGGGACACACUCGCCCCCACCAUAAUUUCCACUCGCCAUUGGCGAGCAGAAAUUUCAAGCCCUGUCUUAG